CCGUACACAUUGAACGGCACUACAUAACUGGUGGACGCCUCUUUAUUGCGUCCCUCGCCCACUCAACAAGGUCGUGUUUAGGAUCUAUGUUCAGGUCACUGCAAGUGGCAAGCAGGGCAUUCGCGCGAAGUCAACCGGCAAGAACAAUUGCAUACAAAACUAGAUUGUCGCUGGAUCGCAUAAUGCCAGAAGGCCUGCAACCACUAACCUUCUCCUCCGGACCGCUGGACCAGAUACUCGAAAUCGCUGUUCUCAUUACGAACGGAAACUUGGACCUGGUGGACGAUGGCAUCGAGUAUGUGAUACGCACCGACAAAGCUGUCCUAGAUAGCAUGAAUGAGUGGUGCAUAAAGCAGCACGCGUCGUCUGGUUUAACACAGCAGUGUCUAGACUCCCCGCACACGACCGAGGAGGUGGAGAAGAAGGUCUUUGAGUACAUUCGAAAAUGGGUCCCCAAUGAACGGACGGGCAUCCUUGCCGGAAACUCCGUGCACGCCGACAGGUCCUUCCUCGUCCAGGAAAUGCCCCACGUGUCUUCCAUAAAGGAAUUGUGUCGUAGGUGGUACCCAUCAGUAGAGGUACCGAAGGAUCUGUACGAAAAGGACAGCAGCGCACAUCGCGCUCUAAGCGACAUUCGUGGCUCGAUACGAGAGCUUAAGUGGUAUCGAGACAAUAUUUUCCGCGCUCCUGCGGAUUUCAGCAGAUAUUAAUAGCUUCACACACUACUACGACAUGUUAUCUCGUUUUGUAAUGCUGUACUUCAACAUCAAUUCAGUGCGGCUUCGCGCC